CUCCAUGGCUUCCCUUUUUAAUGGCCAACUCCCAACACUAUCAUAAACCCUUGUCUGCUUCUUUUCCCCCACCAUUUCCCUAAUCCUUCUUAUUCUUCCUUUCUCUCUCUACAAAAUGAAGAUUUUUUCUCCAUUUCUUCUUCACUAAAUCUAUCAUUUUUCAUCUUCUUCUUUUUCUCUCUCAUCGCCAUGACAGGACUCCAAAGAACAAGAAGCUGCAUGGCCGCCAUUAAAACCUCCACAAAACUAAUCCCAUCUUCCAUCUCCGACCACCAACAUCGCCACCACCACCUCAGAUCCUUCUCCUCCUCCAACCUCCCCCCGGAAUAUUCCAAUCCAGACAACUUUUCCGGAAGAUUCCUCCUCCACAAAAACUCCGGCCACCAUGGCCACCACCACCAAGCGGCGGCCGGAUCAAAAUUCUCCACCCUCCUCCACUCUCUUCUCAAGCUUCUCUCCGUUCCCACUUGUAAAUGGUUCUCCAUCCCCACCCACCUCUCCGUUAGCUCCUCUCUUGGCCGGAGAGUCGUCACUGGAACUCUCUUUGGCCGCCGCCGUGGCCACGUCACCUUUGCGGUCCAGCUCGACCCCCGGUCCGAGCCGGUUUUGUUGCUUGAGUUGGCUACGUCUACCUCGUUCCUAGUCAAGGAAAUGUCCUCCGGUCUGGUCCGCAUCGCCCUUGAAUCUGAGGCACCGGCCUAUAACGAGAGUCGUCCAAGGAAGUUGUUUGAGGAGCCGAGAUGGACUAUGUAUUGCAAUGGUAGAAAGUGUGGACACUCAACGUUGCGCGUGUGUGGAGAGUUCGAGUGGUACGUGCUGAACACCGUGCAACGUGUGUCGGUCGGUGCUGGAGUUAUUCCUGUGGUGGACGACGGCCGAAAAGGUAGCAGGUCAGAGGGCGAGUUACUUUACAUGAGAGCAAACUAUGAGCGAGUUGUAGGUAGCCGUGACUCAGAAGCUUUUUACAUGAUGAAUCCAGAUGGUAAUGGAGGACCUGAACUCAGUAUUUUUCUUCUCAGGAUAUAAAUUUUCCAAUGAAAAAAUCAACAAGAAAGUAUGAAUUAACUUUUAUUUCUGACUCAUAUUUAUUUUAAUUAAACAUAUAAUAACUCGAAUUCAA